UCGGACGUUUUCAUGGAAAAAAUCUAGCAAUUCGAACGUUUUCACUAAAACAUUUUGAAAACCGGAAAUUGACAAAAUUCAUCUGCCUCUGAAGAGGAGGAGGAGGAAGAAGAUCACAACACAAGCCACAUGAGAAAAAUGGAUCUCCAAAUCAAGAACUGGCCUGAUAAAGAGAAGAACUGGAGCCUCCUUGCUGCAGGAUAUCGAUUGGUCCCAUUUGGACCAGAGAUCUCCAAUAGGAAGAGAAUCAGAACGACUGGAUUUAAUUCAAUUAAAGAUGUUCAUCACAUUCUCAGCCAAAUCCAAAGUCAGUCAGCCAGGGAGCCGUGCAAUGAAUGUUGUAGAUCAUCCAACCAGAAAUAUUACAAAGACAAGAGGUCUUCUGCUCUCAAGAUGCACAUAAAAACUAACAAGCAAUGUCAGCACGGUUUGAAGAAGAGUAACAUUUCUCAAAAAAAGAACUUGAACUCAGGAUUAAAAUCACUUUUUAGUAGCAAAAAACUAAACACCGUGGCUAAAAUCAUUAGUGCUGUGAAACCUUUUAUCUGCCCAAAAUGUGAAAGGAGAUUUUGUAGCAAUAGGAACCUUCUCACCCACCAGAGAAUUCACACGGGGAGGACGUUUGUCUGCUCUAAAUGUGGGAAAUGUUUCUCACACAAAAAGAUCCUCAUAGCUCACAAAUGGCUUCAUACUGGGAGGAAACCAUUCACCUGCACUGAAUGUAAUAAGGACUUCUUAUGGAACAGGGACCUUCAGGAACAUGAAAAUCACAAUGAAAAGGGGAAGAUGGACAACAGUCAUCUAGAGACUCACUCAAAAGAAAAUUCUUAUAACUACACGGAGUACAAGACAAGCUGCCAGAAUAAGAACACGUUUAAAACUCAGAUUAAGACUCACACAAAAGACAAGAUCUGUAUCUGAGUGUGGGGAAAGCUUCAGCCAUAGGGGUCAACUCAAUGUCCAUCUUCUAAUUCAUACAGGAGAGAAGCCCUUUGUCGGUAUGGAGUUGGAAAAAGGCUUCAGACUAAAGAAAAAUCAGCUUGGUAAACACAAAGAAGUAGGACCACAUGUCUAUACUGAGUGUGGGAAAACAUACAAGGCGAAAAGUUAUCUAAAUACUCAUCUUCACAGUCACACUGGAGUGAAGCCUUUUGCCUGCAGUGAGUGUGAGAAAACCUUUAACUGUAAGGCUUCACUCACUAAUCACCUUAGACAUCACACAGGAGAGACUUUCCCUUGCAUGGAGUGUGAUAAAACCUUUACACAAAAGAAAAACCUUAAAAGUCACCAAAUGAUCCACACUGGAGAGGAACCAUUCCAGUGCAUGGAGUGUGGGAAAAGGUUCAUGGAAAAAAGAGAAAUGGAGUUACAGUGUCUCAUUUAUUCUGGUGUGAAACCUUUUUAGUGUUUGGAGUGUGGCCAACAGUUUAGAUUGAAACAUGGACUUAAAUAUAACCAGUUAAGUCACACCGGGGAAAGACCAUAUGAGUGUAGUGAGUGUGGGAGAGGCUUUAAAUCUAGUUCUGAACUUGGUCUACAUGUACGCAUUCACACAGGGGAGAAACCAUUUAUCUGUAAUGAGUGUGGGAAAAGCUUUAAGGAUCAGGGCAGCCUUAUUUAUCAUCUUGGCACUCACACGCAAACAGGGGAGAAACGUUUUGCUUGUGCCGAAUGUGGGAAAAUGUUCAGAGAAGCAUCUACACUGAGGGCUCAUCUUCGGACCCACAUUCGUGUAAUGAAGUUUGUGUGCACAAAGUGUGGGAAAGAUUAUGCUACAAAAAAAGAGUCUCAAUACUCAUCUUCUCACUCACACAGGACAGUAAGUUGGACAGUGGUACUUGGUGAUGCCCCAAGGAAGGGCUGUUGAAGCAUGAACCCCGUUGAGCCUGAAGGGUAUAAUUUUACUAUAAGCCUUCUCUCUUUGAAUACAUUGUGAGUGUAUUUUUAAAUAUUUAAUAAACCUUUUCUUUACUA